ACACACACACACACACGAGAUGGAUACAUACACAGAGAUCAAGGGAAGGAGGGAGGAAACACACAGGCACACACACACACAGCAUCCUUGUGCAAGCAUCACAGUAUAACGAUUAGGAGCAUCCCUCAUCAUUUACAGUCCUUUGCUCUUAGAAACGGUCCUGUUUUCCAGCAGCAUGGCGGAAGGUUCUGGAUCGGUGUCUUUGGCUGAGAUGGAGACGGCAUUCAAGAAGUUUGCUGUGCAUGGAGACACCAAAGCCACAGGGAAGGAGAUGACCGGGAAAAACUUUGCCAAGCUGUGCAAGGACUGCAAGGUGAUCGACGGGAAGGGUGUCACCAUCACCGACGUGGACAUCAUCUUCAGCAAAGUCAAAGCCAAGUCGGCACGUGUGAUUACCUUCGAACAGUUUACCCAGGCGCUGGUGGAGUUGGCUCCGAAGCGCUUUAAAGGGAAAAGUCAGGAAGAGGCCCAGCAGCUCCUUUAUGGCCUCAUCGCAGGCAAAGAGCCUGCUAACGUGGGCGUGACGAAAGCGGUGAAGGCGGGCGCCACGGACCGUUUGACGGACAGCAGUAAAUACACCGGAUCUCAUAAGGAGCGCUUUGAUGAGACAGGAAAAGGGAAAGGCAAAGCAGGAAGACAGGACAUACCUGAUACCAGCGGCUAUGUGAGUGCAUACAAAGGCCAGGGCACUUACGAGGACAAAGUGAAAGAAGGAGAAUGAGAAGAGAGGACGGUCGCCGGUUCUGAUCAUCAUUAUGCAUGUAUUACUGUGUAUUAUGGACGCUGUAUAUCUGCUUCACACAUACAUGGACAAGCUAAACCGAACAAACCGCACUAACCUCAACAGUUACGACUCUUACACAGGAACUUCCAGCACAUCCAGUCCUCUCUUACUAACACUUCAGAAACCUUCUCUCUCGCAUUCCAGCAGUGUCUCGUUCCAACAAAUGCUGUUUCUCUCGCUUUCCUAAUUUUAGUGCCUUAUAGCGUUCAUCACUAACACUGUAGCUUUGGUCUGCUGUGAGAACUUCUGUAGUUUUCGGCUUCUCGUAAAACCGACGUGAUUAAACUAAUAAUCUGUAAUAAUCUGUAACCACAUAGAAAGUUAAGAUGACUUCAUCUCAUCUCUUUUUUUUCAGAUAAUUACUGGUAAACUAAGUGAGAUGCAAAGAUCUCACAGACUGUAAAGAGAAAGUAAAUGUUCUCUGCUUGCAAGAUUUCUGCUGUUGUUUCAGCUUUCUGUCUGUAUCUGUUACGUAACACUGAACAAAUAAAAUAUAUCCUCAAAAUAAAA